UUACUCGGUGGUGACUACUCCGAGUUGAGUGUGGGUAAUAUGGACGAUGCAUCACAAACACCCCAUUUACACCACCACCACCGCAAGCGACGGCGAGGUUGGGAGAAAGGGCCAUAUGUGCGUGUGCACUACGAGAAUCUGUCAAAGGCAAGCUUGGAUCAUCUUCAGAACCUUCUGUCCUCGUGGUCAUCAUGGGAGUCCACUCAAACCCCAUUCGCUGAACGCGAGGGGCAGGAGCAGCAGAGCACGAGGCUGAGUGGAACGGACGUCUACUUCCCCUCCUCUGGGCCGUCCUCUGCAGCAGUCCCCUCUGUUCUCUCUCGCCUUGUCAUUAUCCUUUCUUUUUCCCUUUUUCCUGCUCUCUUCCCUUCUUCCCUCUCCCUUCCCUUCUCCCUCUCUCUCACCUUCUCCCUCCUCCUCACUCCCCCCAUGCAGCGUCACUACAGCACAGCCAACGACGUGCCUCUCUAUGAUAGGUCAGAAUCAGGCGUCGUUUUAGGCAUCCACGUCAGCAGCAACAGCAGCAAGAGCGCAGGUAUAGGUGCAGGCAGUAACGAGACAGAAAAUGACACUAACGCUCCCUCUGACAUAGCACCAGAAGCAGCAGCAGCAGCAGCAGCAGUAGCAGCAGCAGGAGGAGACCUUUCCACCCUCACGCCCCUCUUCCUCCACACUGACUCCUCUCUCACAGAGGAGGCGCUCAAGUUAAAAUAUGCCGCCCGCUGCUUCAACUGCGGCUCCUACACUCACGCUCUGCGGGACUGCCAGCGCCCAAGGGACCAUGCAGCUGUAGCAGCCGCUCGGGCAGAACACGCAGGGGGGAAGGGGCAAGGCGGGCAGGGUGGGAAGGGCGGGAACAGUGCGGCUGGGGAUGGAGGGGUGGGGAAGUCGAGGUAUUACGGGUUUGGAGGGGCGGGGGGCGGGAAGGGGAGAGGAGGAUCGAUGGAGGAGAGGUUUGAAGGGCUCGUGCCGGGCGUGCUCAGUGCGGAGCUGCGUGCUGCCAUGGGCAUAGGGGACCGCGACCCACCGGCAUGGCUCAGGCGAAUGCGGGAGCUGGGGCACCCGCCUGGCUUGCUCUCCAACGAGGAGGAGAAGGCAGAGGAGAAAGGCCAGGAAGAAGCAGCAGCGGCAGCAGCAGCGGCAGCAGCAGCAGUGAAGGCUUCAAAGGAGGAGGGAGAGGACAGUGAUAGCGAGGCAGGAGAAAUCCCAGCAGAGACGAACAUUGAAGGAAAACCAGUCAAAGAGAAGGCUGCUGCUGCUUCUGCUGCUGCUGAAGACCUGAAUGGGUUCAAGUCUCUUGCUCUUGUGCUGGACGAUGCUUCCGAGGAAGGUUCCCUUGAUGCUGAUGGUGGUGGGGAUGGGGGGCGUGAAACGACUCCUGAACCCGAAUCUUUUCUUGUUCCUACUGUCGAGUUUCCGGGCUUGAAUGCUCCUCCCCCCGAGGAUGGCGAUGAAUACGCGUGGGGAGGGAGGGGGUGGAGGGCGGAUUGGGAGGAGAGUGAGAGGAGGAGGAGGUUGAGGUAUGAGGAUAAGAGGUGGGAGGAGGAAUGGAGGAGGAGGCGAGAGAGGGAGGAGAGGGAGAGGGGUAAGGAGGGAAAGGGGGAUGAGGAUCAGAGGGAGAGGAAGCGGAGGAGAAUGGCUAGGGAUGGUUCUGCCGAUGAGAAGAGAGAGGGAGGUAAGAAUGAUAGGGAGGGAAUGUCUGGAAGGGAUAAGAAGGGUGAGAAGGACAGGGAAGGGGAUAGAGACAGAAGAAGGGACAGGAGCAAGGAGAGGGGAAGGGACAGAAGCAGGGAGAGGGGCAGAGACAGAAGCAGGGAAAGGGGCAAAGACAGGAGCAGGGAGAGGGGCAGAGACAGGAGCAGAGAGAGAGGAAGGGACAGAAGCAGGGAGAAGCGACGGGAGAGAAGCAGGGAGAGGAGAAGAGAGACGAGUAAGGAAAGGGACAGAGACAGAAGCAAGGAGAGAGGAAGAUACAGGAGCAGGGACAGAAACAGAGACAGGAGUAAGGAGAGGAGCAAAGAUAGGAGCAGGGAGAGGAACAGAGACAGAAGCAGCGACCGAAAGAGAGAUGCGGAUGAGAAGAGGAGGGAGGAGUGGAGCCCAAUUAGGGUUGAGGAUGACAGAGGUGCUUAUGAGGGAAGAGAGAGGAGCAGAGCUGGCGACACUGAUUCUGACCGGUGGCAGUUGGAUCGUGACAGGUGGCAUGUGGGCAGUAGCAGCUCCUACGGGGCUUAUCUGGACCAAUCCCGCUACGACUCAUCAUCACGGCGACAUGACGAUUCAGCCAAUGAUCGAUAUGGAGGUGCGUGUGGUGCUGCUGCCAAUCCGCCUUCUGCUUUACUCUCUGCUUUUGAGGCUGCCCCUCCAAGGGGGGGAGGGAGUGCGGGAGCGGUUACAGACGCAAGGGGGGUUGUCGGUGCUCGUGCUAGUUCAGCUGUGCUGUCAUGGGCGGCUGGGAUUGAGAGUGAGUGCGGCGAUGAUGGUGGCGGUGGUGUGCAGCUGGACAUGUACCAAGACUACAAUCAAGGCUCAGCAGCAAGAGGAGCUAUCACUGAAGCACCACCUUCAACCACCACUUAUUCUGGAGCAGCAGCGAAUGUCACCCAGACUCCAGGAUAUUCACAAGUGCCUUCGCAGUUCACAUACAGUCAUACCCAGUCAGCCAUCUAUCCUCCUGAGCCACCGUCUCAUACCCAGCCCACUGCAGUCCCCGCUCCUAUGCCUUGCCUCCAGCCAUCACAAACACUCUUUCCGCCUGGAACAACCAACUAUACUCCUCUUCCACCUCUUCCUCCUGGCCCUCCCCCUCCCCUGCCUGACAGCUCUUCUUAUCCCCCAUUGCCUCCUGGACCCCCCCCCCCAUUAUACCCCUAUCCUGCGUCUUCUCCGCCUCCACCUCUCCCAGCAGCACCUCCGCCUUUCACUCCUCCCCCGCCUGCCUAUCCCCCCCCUCCCUCGCCUGCAUUCUUGUCCCCACCUGCGGGAGAAGAUGCAACUCCCCCACCUUACCUGCCAGCAUAUCAAUGGUGA